CUUUUUAAAGGUAUUUACUUGUUUGUAUUUUCUUAAAGAAUUACUUUUAAUUUUAUAGUUUUUAUAUUAUUUUGUUAGGUAAUAAAUAAUAAAAAUAAUUAAUAUGGAGAAAUGUGACAUUGGAAAAAGUCUUAACAUUCAUUGCCACAAACAGGAUUUUCAAGAAAACAAGGUUUUGUUCAAUUUAAAGAUCUUCCUUGUGAAAAAAAGAAGAAAUAAUAUGGCGAGCAAAUUUAAAGGAAAAAUAUAGUUCAAUAAGAAUUAUAUGUUGUUAUCAUGAGCAAUUCUAUGGAAAAUAUUUUGAGAGAAAAAUUACAAAGUGUUGCAAUCCUUUUGGAACACACAAGGAAAGUAAAAAAUUGCUAUAAAAGGUAAUAUAAAGAUUUCCAUAGACAUGGCAAACUAUUUGCAAAAAAAUAAUGUUUAUGUAACCCCAGGUUGGAAAUUCUGCAGUAAAUGUUACAAAAAAGCAAUAGAAACUGAUGAAGAUUUAAAUUCACAGGAGGAAUGGGAAUCAAAAAGUGAGAAAAAAAUUAAGUUAGAUGCCACUAUAGAAUUGCUUGGAAUCUCACCGGUCAAACUAAAAAGUCUUUCAAAACACAGCAAAUUGCCAGUAGCAAAACAAAAGUUUGAGAACACUAUUGACAGAGUUGCAAAAAUGGUCUCAUUAGCAUAUAAUAUUAAAGAAACUUUUUUAACAACAGAAAUAAAAAGCCCCAUUUUAAACAACAACAUUAACAAUGACCAUGAUCUAGACAUUUUAAUGUAUGAAAUAAAAAAUAAAAUUUCAGAGACUGACUCUUAUCGCCAUAAGGUGCAAAUGUUAACACUCGCACCAAAAUCAUGGACACAUAAAAAGAUAUCAAGCUACUUUGAAGUGUCUGAGUAUCUUGUUCGAACAGCAAGAAAAGUUAAAAAUGAGAAUGGAAUUCUAUCAUUACCCGGGAAAAAAACUGGAAACCCACUUUCACCAGAAUCAGUUAAUUUAGUGAUUAACUUUUAUCAAAGUGAUGAAUUUUCAAGAAUGAUGCCAGGAAAAAAAGAUUAUGUAAGUAUUAAGAAAAACCAACAUGUUCAAAAAAGAUUAUUGCUACUCAAUCUUAAUGAAUUACAUGUUGCAUUUAAAAAAGACUACCCUAACGUCAAAGUCAGUUUGUCAAAGUUUUGUACUCUUAAACCUAAAUGGUGUAUUACAACUAAUGCGUCAGGUACCCACAAUGUAUGUGUUUGCAUACAUCACCAAAAUACAAAAUUUCUCAUUGAUGCCAUUAGGUGGAAUAAAAGUUAUAAAGAUUUCAUGGCAUUGAUUGUUUGCUCUCUUAAAAAUGCAGAAUGUAUGUUGCAUCGAUGUAACCAAUGUCCUGUUAUUGAGGCGUUAAAAAGUUUUUUAGUGCAGGAGUUUAUGGACCAUGAGCAUGAAGAAGAUGUAGUAUUUAAGCAAUGGCAGAGUACAGAUCGUACAACACUACUUUCACAGUCAUUGCCACUAGAUGAAUUUAUUGAUUUAUUAUGUAACAGUAUUGACAACCUUACCACUCAUUCAUAUAUUGCAAAAACUCAAAGUAGAUACUUAAAAAACUGUAAAGAAAAUCUUAACCAAAACGAAUGCUUAAUUUUAGGAGAUUUUGCAGAAAACUAUCAAUAUGUUGUUCAGGAUGAGGUUCAAAGUUAUCACUGGAGCAAAAGUCAAUGCUCACUUUAUACAGUUGUACUUUAUUUUAUAGAGAACAAACUUCUCAAACAUAAAUCUUUUUGUUACCUUUCAGAAGAUGUUGAUCAUGACACAGGAUUUAUUUACAAGACUCAGGAAAAUAUAACUAGAUAUAUCAAAGAAAAUCUACCUGAUGUAUCAAGUGUGAAAUACUUUUCUGAUGGUUGUGCAGCACAAUUUAAAAAUUUAAAAAUUUUUAUCAAUCUUUGUCAUCACAGUAAAGACUUUGAUUUAAAUGCUGAAUGGGUAUUUUUUGCUACCAGUCAUGGUAAAUCCCCCUCUGAUGGUAUUGGUGGGACUGUUAAAAGAGUAGUAUGUCAAGAAAGUCUAAAACAAAUAACUACUGGGCAGAUUUUAGAUGUUAAUUUAAUGUACUCCUUUUGUAAAGCCAAGAUAAAUGGAAUUUAUUUUAAGUUAUUUUCAAAAGAAGAAAUUGAUCAAACACGAGCACAAUUAGAAAAAAGAUAUUUAGGUGGAAGAACAGUUCCUGGCACAAGGAUGUAUCAUCAUUUUAUUCCAAUUGCUCCAAACACUAUAAGUUAUAAAAAAAUAAGUAUUGAUGCAUGCACUGAAAUAUUUGAUAUCAUUCCAAAAAGCAAACAUUAUGUAGAUAUUUCAUUAAAUAUUAAAAAAAUGGAUUAUAUUGCAUGUUUUUAUGAUGGAUUUUGGUGAGUAGGGAUUGCUGAAGAUGUAAGUGAGCUUGAUAUAAAAGUCAGAUUCAUGCAUCCACAUGGACCAGGUAAAAACUUCUUUUGGCCAAUAAGAACUGAUGAGUGUUGGGUGCUCAUUUCUGAAGUUAUAUGCCUAAUUUCUACACCCACAACAAUAUCAGGUCGUACAUACAACAUAACUGAUUUAGAUUUGGAGAAUAUAAACUGUUGGUUACAAAAAAAAAUUAUUUAUGCUUAAAAUAAUUUUGUUUUUAUUUUAUUUACCUAAUUUGCAUUUUAAAUGUCUUUUAUUUUUUUCAAAUCCUUGGAUUGUAGGCUGAGGAGGGGUGGGGGUUUAAAUAAAUCACAAAUCACUCCCAUCUUAUUAUGUCAAUGACUAUAUUAGUCUAAAACUACAUAAAGAUAUUUAUUGUCAAUAUGUUUUAAAAACAUUUUAAAACAUUUGUUUUUGAAAUUUAUGACUUCGUAAAAAGAUCUUUGAAAUAAGAGGUAAGUAUUUAUCGAUUUGAAGUAACGCAAAUAAAUCGUUUCUCAAACUUAAACUGAAAAAAUAUGUUUUUAAAAUGUAUUUUAACAAUCAACUAUUAUUUAUUCAUUUUAUGAAAAAAAAAAAAAAAAAAUCUAGGGAGAUUUGGGGAGGGGGCAAAGGGGCCUCCCGUGGGUAGGGAGGGCAUCUCCCUUGGCCCAUGACUUUAAAUGUUUAUUUAAAUUUAAACUAGUCAAUAAAUAACACUAUUUGGUGUUUUAUUCAAAUAAAUGUUUAAAAAAAUAUUUUAAUUGCUUUUGUUACAAAAUUUAAAU